AUGGGCAGGGAAUCAGGAAGCCGUGACCCCGCAGACCCUUGCUGCCCUCCCUCCAACAUAGAUACAGAAAAACAGAUCAUCUUUGAAAGGACAUCAGGUGAUGAGAAGCAACCAGCAGAAAAGGGGGAGAAACUGGCUGCCCAUUGCAGGAAAACCUCGGAACAGGGCACAGGAUCAGAGCCAAAUGAAAAUGAGGAGAAGCCCAGGAAUUCAGAGAUGGAUUCCAGACAGCAGGGUGAUGGAUCAGGAAAUGAGGAGGCCUCUCACUUGGAAAAGAGACUAAGGACCACAGCAAACGAAGGGGAGUUCAAAGCCAAUGGCCACCAAGAAAUCGCCCGCCCAGAAGCUCAGCACAGUGGCCCACCACCACUUCGGAAGAGCCUGGUACGCUUCCUUCAGGCUAUGUCCGAGGCGGUUUAUGGAGACAUAGUGCAGGUGCAGGCCCAGUACCGUCAUUCCCCGCUCUCCCAGGAGCAGCUCUCUCUGCUCACACAGCUCUCGGGGGCUCUGAGUGCCAUGGGUCAGACUUUCUACAGCAUGGGCACCCAGGCUGCCUAUGGCUUCCCUGCUGCCGGCUGGCUUGUCCCACUCCAAAACUCUGACUCUAUGGAGCCGUCUGGGAGUGAAUCUCAGAGAUCUUCAUCAGAAGGAUGA